AUGGUAACAGUUUUAACGGCUAGGAAGCUUUGUGAUGAACUUAUAAGCUUCGUGAAUGGAUUCAGUGAUAACGUUGUAGCAAUUGGUGCAUUUCAAAUUCUACUUCCUCGACUCCAACAAAGAAACAUUGCAUUUGAAUCUCAAUUGGUUGAAUUGCGUGAUUCACUUGCAAAGCGGUUGGAAGCUGUAGGGAAUCUCCGGGAAGCAGCAAAUGUAUUAACAGAUAUUCCUUUAGAAAGUGGACAACGGGUCUACGGAGCAAAUUACAAGUUGGACGUCUAUUUGAGAAUAGCCGAGUAUUAUCUAAAAUUGCAUGAAACUCAAGAAGCUGAGGCCUUCGUUAAUCGUGCAUCUUUACUACAACCAGAGUGUCAGGAUCAACAGUUAUUGGUUCGUUAUAAGAUAGCUUAUGCACAGUUACUAGAUUUAAAACAAAAAUUUCUUGAAGCUGGUCAACGAUACGCUGAAUUGUCUGUACGAUUCCCUUGGUUAGAUGAUUCACAGAGAUUAUCUUUUUUGGAACGUGCAUUAGCAGCAGCACUUUUGUCUGUAGCAGGUCAACAAAGAGCUAGACUGUUAGCUACCUUAUACAAAGAUGAACGAUGUCAAGCAUUUGAUGCUUUUCCAGUUUUAGAAAAAAUGUUUAUGGGACGUUUAAUCAAUCGUUCAUCAUUGUCUGCUUUGGAACCGUUGCUUACUAAAUAUUAUCCUCAUUUGUUGAAAUCUGCUUCAGACAAUAACACAGGAAAUAGUAAUGCUCAAGAUGCCUCGUCUAUACAAAAUUUAUCAUCAUCGUCAUCAUCAUGUUAUUCUUCUGUACAAAUGCUUCUUGAACGUGCUUUAAUUGAACACAAUAUGUUAGCGGCUGGCCUUAUUUACAAUAAUAUCACUUUAGACAAUUUAGGUCUUCUUUUAGAGAUAUCCACAGCUGAGGCGGAAUCAAUUGCUGCUCAAAUGAUUACUGAAGGAAGAUUAAAUGCAAAACUUGAUCAAAUUGAUGGUGUUAUUCAUUUUGAAAAUCGAGAUCCUGCCGUUUCAUCCUGGAGCAUGCAUAUACAAACUCUUUGUGCGGCAGUUAAUCGUAUUGUCGAAGAUAUUGAAGCUGCACAUCCAACGUGGGUCCGUACACACUUAAAUUCUAGAAUGACUGUAGAUCCAUCAGUGUAA